CCAUAGGGAAGAAGCCUCCUCCAGCACCCGGCUGUGUGGACCAGCAGCUGACGAGUCUCACGCUGAACUCCAAUUCAGUACACACAGAGCUGGACAUCCCGCCUGCUCCCGCUGAUACUCCUUAUGCGUUGCAGAUCUUGUUGGACAUGUACCGUGCACAGUUUUUGCAGAUGGUGGAAAUGAUGAAGAGUCCUCGUUAUCGAGACGACGUUAACCUGCAGAUUGAACGUGACAAGGAGCGCAAUCAGAAACUGAAGAGCCGCGCCGCUCAGCUGGAGAAACAGAUCAAGGUUCUGAUUGACGACAGUGUGGCACUUCUUAAGGCACGCAUGUCAGAACUUGGUAUCAAUGCUAGUUCUCCUGGUGACCUGUUGGCGAAGGCAAAAGAGAUAGUUCUGCGUCACAAGGAACUGCAGGCAAAGGCAUCGAAGCUUCAGGCACAGGUAUGUUUUGUUCUCUG